UUGUCUAUAUCUGAGCAACGAUGUUAACCUCAAAUUGUAGGAUUUGCUUGAAAUUAAACGAGAAUUUUCGCUCAAUUUUCGACGAAAACAUUGAAUUAAAAAUGUGCAAAUGCUUCUCAAUAAAGAUAAAGAAAGAUGAUUUAAGUCCUAAUCGGAUAUGUGAGAGCUGUUACAUUAAAUUAAACGAUUUCUACGAAUUCCAACAGCUUUAUUACGAAUCACAGAAAGAAUUUGAGUCGAAAUUAAACGGAGUUAUCGUUAAUAACGACAAUAAUAAAGUGUUUGUUGAAAGUGAGGUUACAUUUAAUGCAACAUAUGAUUUAAAUCAAAAUUCUCAAACCGUUUUAAGACAUUCAAGUGAUUUUUACAACAAAAUCGAAAAAAUUAGUGGUAAUAAAGAAAUUGCUUUAAAGAAAAAAUUUCCCUGUCAACAUUGCAAAAAAGUUUUCACUCGUAGAAACAAUUUAAACGUCCAUCUAACUUUGCACGCAAAAACGAAACCUUUCACUUGCGAAAUUUGCUUUAAAACGUUCGCGAACGAGCGACAUUUAAAGACACAUAAGAUCACGCAUACAAAUAAGUAUCGAUGCGAGAUGUGUCAAAAAUCUUUUACGGUUCCAAGUAAGUACCAAAGGCAUCUUAGGAUACAUUUCAAAGAGAAAGUUUUUAUUUGCCCCGUUGAGAAUUGUGGGAAAUCCUUCACUGAUAAAAGUAAUUUAAAAGGACAUGAAUUUACGCAUUUAAAUGUUAAGUUAUUUGGUUGUACCGUGUGUAAUAAAAGUUAUCGAACCCGUACUCAAUUAAACGAUCACAUGAAAUCGCAUGAUAACCCAAAGUUUUCUUGUAAAGGUUGCGGUAAAAAAUAUAAGUGGAAAUCGAAUUUGUUGGUGCAUCUCCGUAAAAAGGUACAAAAAGGUUGUUGUAAUGAAAAGAAAAUAAAUUAAUUAUUAAUUUUUUUAUUAAUAAACAUUAUACAAUUA